AUGGCUGCAACAACGGUGUGUGGAUUAAGACAACAACAGCACAGUGACAAACAGAGCGCUCUACAGCAUGUGAAUGACUAUGAACCUUACAUUGAAGAUCGGCAGCUCAGGAUUCUUCUUUAUGGACCAGCUGGAGCUGGAAAAUCCAGUUUCAUCAACUCUGUUAAAAGUGUCUUAGAAGGCAGAAUGUCCACACUGGCCUUGGUGGAUAACAUCUCUCAUGACUCUUUCACCAAAGAGCCGCUUCUUCCUCCUCACACUGAGUGGAGGUCGGGGAUGGCCGAUCAGACCGAGUCCCUUCCUGGGGUAAAGGCUUUUUCUGCCACGGACCCUUCGGAGCUAGUGCUCUCGGCGGAGCCUGAGGGGCUGUCUGAGUACACAACCUACAAGGUUAAAAAAGAAAACCCAAGCAACUUUUACCCUUUUGUCUUCAAUGACAUCAUGGGCAUAACCCAGAACAAAGGUAUCGUUGUGGACGACGUCAAACUGGCUUUGAUGGGACGUGUGAAGGACGAUUAUGUGUUCAAUCCUGAACAUAAGUUAUCAGAAGGCGACCAAUACUACAACACAACAGUAAACCCCAACGAUAAAGUGCAUGUCCUGGUUUGUGUCAUUCCUGCCGACACAGUAAGUCAAAUGAGAGAAGAAGUUACCAAGAAGACUCUGGAAAUCAGGAGAGCAGCCAGUGAUCUAGGGAUUCCUCAAGUGGCCAUCAUCACCAAAAUUGAUAAGGCCUGUCCUGAGAUCAAAAAAGAUUUAAAGAACGUCUACAAGUCUGUCUACCUCAAGGAGAUGAUGGAGCAGUUGAGUGUCAAUGUGGGUAUCCCGAUUAACUGCAUCUUCCCAGUGAGAAACUACUUUGAAGAAAUCGACUUCAAUGAUGACGUUGACUCACUGACCCUGCGUGCGCUGAGACACAUCAUCGAUUUCGGAGAAGACUUCAUGAACCACAAAAUGAGUCAGUCUGAAGGUUCACACAAAUAA